AAAGAGGGGGACCCAAACGAGUCACCUCUCGCACCACCACCGCGUCAGUAUACAAACGGCGGCGACCAACCAAAUUCCGGCGAGUCGUCGUCGUCGUCGCCGUCGUCGAGAGAGAGUCAAACCCCCCACACGCAAAGAGAGCGAAACCCCACCCCCCUCCUCUUCCUCAUCCACCCCACGCACGCCUCGUCGCGGCCGCGCGAGGUGAGCUGGAGCGAACGGCGGCGAUGGCGGCGGCGAAGGAGGCGGUGGUGCCGGUGGAGGGGCGGAGGAACGUGCUGGUGACGAGCGCGCUGCCGUACGUGAACAACGUGCCGCACCUGGGGAACAUCAUCGGCUGCGUGCUCUCCGCCGACGCCUUCGCGCGCUACUGCCGCCUCCGGGGGCACAACGUGCUCUACGUCUGCGGCACCGACGAGUACGGCACCGCCACCGAGACCAAGGCCAUGGAGGAAGGCUGCUCCCCCAGGGAGAUCUGCGACAAGUACCAUGCCAUCCACAAGGAAGUGUACGAGUGGUUCGACAUCAGCUUCGACAUCUUCGGUAGAACAUCGUCGCCGCAACAGACCGAGGUCUGCCAAGACAUCUUCCUCAAGCUACUGGACAACAAUUGGCUGUCAGAGAACACAAUGCAGCAGCUUUACUGCAAUUCAUGCCAAAGGUUCUUGGCUGACAGGCUUGUGGAGGGCUACUGCCCCACAGAGGGAUGCAACUAUGACUCUGCCAGGGGUGACCAAUGCGAGAAGUGUGGAAAAUUGCUGAAUUCAACUGAGCUGGUUAAUCCCAAGUGCAAGGUUUGCGGGAGCACGCCUUGUGUCCGCGACACGGAUCACUUGUUCUUGGAGCUCCCUCUGCUGAGGGAGAAACUUGAGAAGUAUAUCGACGAGACUUCUUUGACUGGAUCAUGGAGCCAAAACGCUAUUCAUGCAACAAAUGCUUGGUUGAAGGAAGGGUUGAAGCCUCGCUGCAUUACCAGGGAUCUGAAAUGGGGUGUGCCUGUCCCACAUGAGAAGUACAAAGACAAGGUGUUCUAUGUCUGGUUUGAUGCACCAAUCGGGUACAUCUCCAUUACGGCGUGCUACACGCCUGAGUGGGAGAAAUGGUGGAAGAAUCCAGAAAAUGUUGAAUUGUAUCAGUUCAUGGGUAAAGACAAUGUCCCAUUCCAUACGGUCAUGUUCCCCUCCACACUACUUGGAACUGGAGAAAAUUGGACUCUGAUGAAGACGAUUAGUGUGACAGAGUAUCUCAAUUAUGAAUCAGGAAAGUUCUCCAAAACAAAGGGCAUUGGAGUGUUUGGGAAUGAUGCAAAAUCCACAAAUAUUCCUCCUGAAGUGUGGCGAUACUACUUGCUUACCAAUCGUCCCGAGGCAUCAGAUACAUUGUUCACUUGGACAGAUUUGCAAGCCAAGUGUAACAACGAGCUGCUGAACAAUUUAGGGAACUUCAUCAAUCGAGUACUAAGCUUUAUCGCGAAACCAGAGGGAACUGGAUAUGGUUCUGUUGUACCUGAUUCUCCUGAUGUGGAUUCCCAUGCUCUGACUCAGUCAUUGGCUGAGACUGUUGGUAAAUUGAUUGAUCAGUACAUCGAUGCAAUGGACAAGGUCAAAAUAAAACAAGGGCUGAAGAUUGCAAUGGCCAUUUCUAGCGAAGGAAAUGCAUACCUACAAGAGAGUCAGUUUUGGAAGCUUUACAAACAAGAUCCAGCCAGUUGCGCAACUGUGAUGAAAACCUCAGUUGGAAUUGUGUACCUCCUGGCAUGUUUGCUGGAGCCUUUCAUGCCAACAUUCUCAAAAGAUGUUCUGCAGCAGCUAAAUCUAAGUCCAGAAGAGCACCUAUCAUUUUGUGAUGAAAAAGGAGAGGUUGAGAAGGCCAAAAGACCUUGGGAUCUCAUACCAUCAGGCCACAGGAUAGGGAAACCUGCACCUUUGUUCAAGGGAUUGGAAAACGAAGCGGUGAAGGGCUUGAGAGAAAAAUUUGCAGGCAGCCAAGCUGAAAGAAAAUUGAGGACUCAAGUCGCCGCACAAUUGGAAGCCACAAGCAUAUAGAAAAUCUAACACUAUUUCCCUUCAACUACUAGAUGUUAAAACCGGGCUUAACAAAAGGAGCGUUUGUUUUCUUUAUUUUGCCUUGAAUAAUAAUUGUACAGUGUAGUGACUUGAGAUUAAUGAUAAUACAUAUUACUUGUAAUUCCAAAACUCAAAUGCUCAAUUGAUUUUAGUUUAUUGUUGAUUAAUUAUUGAGGCUUGCACAUAUGCCACUGUUCUGAAAA